AUGGAAAGUUCAGAUGCUGAAUCGAGCACAAAGAGUAGUAGUAAACCAGAGUCAACAAACAAAUGGAUGGCAUUCGACAGAGAUUCAAAUCAAAACAAACCUCCAAUCGCUAGAAUCACUCCACCUGAUCAAGAUGAAUACGACAUCGAUCACAUCGCCGAACGGACGGCGCAAUGGCCGGGAGCGACGGCGGUCGCAGGUUUGAUAGGAGAUGAGGAGAGAAACAAGCGGAGCUCGUCGUCGUCGUGGAGGAAUUCUGACGAUUUGAAUCAUCAACCGCGAGUCUCGCAGGAGUUGAAGGAUGCCCUGGCGACGCUUCAACAAACGUUCGUCGUCUCUGACGCCACUAAGCCGGAUUGCCCGAUUAUGUAUGCUAGCAGCGGCUUCUUUACGAUGACUGGUUAUUCUUCAAAAGAGGUCAUUGGUAGAAACUGCCGGUUUCUACAGGGGAAGGAGACGGAUCAGAAGGAGGUGGAUAAAAUACGACAUGCAGUCAAAACCGGAACUAGCUACUGCGGCAGGCUCUACAACUACAAAAAAGAUGGCACUCCUUUUUGGAAUCUACUCACUGUCACUCCGAUCAAAGAUGAAAACGGAAAAACCAUCAAAUUCAUCGGAAUGCAAGUAGAAGUCAGCAAGUACACCGAAGGCGUGAAUGAGAAGGAAUUACGCCCAAACGGAUUGCCAACGUCGUUAAUUCGCUAUGAUGCUCGUCAGAAGGAAACAGCUCUGGGUGAUAUUGUGGAGGUUGUACAGACUGUUGAGCGUCCACGAACUAACAAUCAGUCAAGCAAAACAGAAAUCGUGGAGAAGAUCGUGGAAUCCCCAAUUUCUCCAUCGUUAGAAAAAUUGAACAUAAACAUGAAUACACCUGGAAGAGAAACACCUCUCUUUGAUCCUAAAGGUGAUUCAACCCCUACAAGCUCUUGGAGUGCAUCGAAAUCCAGGAAAUCAACACGCAGUUCCCUAAUGGGAUUCAAGGGAAGAUCUUCGACUCAUGAGUUUCAACCAACUAUCGAGCCUGAAGAGUUAAUGACAAAAGAUUUAUCACGAACUGAUAGCUGGGGUCGAAUGGAAAGAAUGAGAGAUAUGCGUCAGGGGAUAGAUUUAGCAACUACACUUGAACGUAUUGAAAAGAAUUUUGUGAUCACAGAUCCUAGGCUUCCUGAUAACCCCAUCAUUUUCGCAUCAGAUAGCUUCCUUGAGUUGACAGAGUUUACACGUGAGGAAAUUUUAGGAAGAAAUUGCAGGUUUCUACAAGGACCUGAAACUGAUCAAGGAACUGUUGAUAAAAUACGAGCUGCUAUCAGAGAACAAAGGGAAAUUACUGUACAGUUGAUUAACUAUACAAAGAGUGGGAAGAAAUUUUGGAAUUUGUUUCACUUGCAACCUAUGCGUGACCAAAAGGGAGAACUUCAAUAUUUUAUUGGAGUCCAACUAGAUGGAAGUGGUAAUGUGGAACCAUUAAGAAAUCGGCUUUCAGACACCACAGAAAAACAAAGUGCUAAGUUGGUCAAAGCUACUGCAGAAAAUGUUGAUGAAGCUGUUAGAGAACUUCCUGAUGCCAACUUGAGGCCAGAGGACCUGUGGGCUAUCCACUCUCAACCUGUCUUUCCUAGGCCCCACAAAAAGUACAAUUCUUCAUGGAAAGCUAUACAAAAGAUCACUGCAAAUGGUGAAAUAAUUGGACUUGAUCAUUUUAAACCUAUCAGACCUUUGGGAAGUGGAGAUACUGGAAGUGUUCAUUUGGUUGAACUAAAAGAUACUGGUGAACUUUUUGCCAUGAAAGCAAUGGAUAAAGCAGUAAUGAUGAACAGAAACAAGGUUCAUAGAGCUUGUAUUGAAAGGGAAAUAAUCGGGCUACUGGAUCACCCUUUCCUUCCAACACUAUACACAUCUUUUGAGACUCCAACACAUGUCUGUUUGAUAACAGACUUUUGCCCUGGAGGGGAAUUAUUUGCUCUGCUUGACAAACAACCUUUGAAAUUAUUCAAAGAAGAGUCUGCAAGAUUCUAUGCAGCUGAGGUUGUAAUUGGGUUAGAGUAUCUCCAUUGUUUAGGGAUCAUCUAUAGGGACUUGAAACCGGAGAAUAUAUUACUUCAAACAGAUGGACAUGUUGUAUUGAGUGACUUUGAUUUAUCAUUCAGAACUCAAUGUAAACCCCAAGUUAUAAAACACCCUCAGCUUAAAAGAAGAAGAUCUAGAAGCCAACCACCACCUACAUUUGUUGCAGAACCUUCUACACAAUCUAAUUCAUUCGUUGGCACAGAAGAAUACAUUGCUCCGGAAAUCAUAACAGGAGCUGGCCACUCCAGUGCUAUUGAUUGGUGGGCAGUGGGUAUUUUAUUAUAUGAGAUGCUGUAUGGUCGUACACCAUUUAGAGGAAAGAAUAGGCAGAAGACAUUUGCAAACAUCUUGCAUAAAGACCUUACAUUUCCAAGUAGCAUUCCCGUGAGCCUUGCAGCAAGACAGCUGAUUCAUGGAUUAUUGAACAGAGACCCUGGAAGCCGUUUAGGAUCAAUCGGUGGUUCCAAUGCAAUAAAAGAACAUGCAUUUUUCCGUGGAAUUAAUUGGCCUUUAAUCCGCUGCAUGAGCCCACCAGAGUUGGAUUCACCACUUGAGUUGAUUGGGAAAGAUUCAACAGCAAAAGAUAUUCAAUGGGAAGAUGGUGCCAUGCUGGAUAAUGCUUUGGAUGUGUUGGGAAGCUAAAAUGUAAAUCAAGAAUAAGAAAAAAAAAACGUUGUGUGUGCAUGUUCAUGGUCUCCUUUGGUAUAUUAUGAGAAGUGAGGGUUUCGGAUUUACAAAGAACAUGUGGUGAUGCACAAUAGGUUUAAUGUUUUGGGUUUGGAAUCUUUAAUUAAUUGUGUAUUAUUCUUUUGUAUUAUAUCGACUACUUCAUAUCUAUUAUCAUAAAAACACAGUAUAUGUUAUGUGUUGGUAUAUAAUGAAUAAAUG